AGGGGGGGAGGAGGAGGAGGCGCUUCCGGCCACUCCCUCCGCCUCCACUGCGGCACCACUCUAUGGUAACAGCUACAGAGCGGGCCGCUCUACGGGGCUUGAGACCGGAUGUCUCUGCGGCCGAAGGCGUGGUCUGCCCCGGAAGCGGAAGGAGGAGCCGCCGGGGGCAAGAUGGCGGCGGCUGGAGCUGGUGGGGCUGCCGCGGGGGCUGCUCCGCCGCCGGUCUGCGUCCUGGUGCUGGGCAUGGCCGGCUCCGGCAAGACGGCGCUGGUGCAGAGGCUCACCGCCUACCUGCACAGCCAGGGUGCGCCCCCGUACGUCAUCAACCUGGACCCCGCCGUGCACGAGCUUCCCUUCCCAGCAAAUAUCGAUAUCCGUGACACUGUGAAGUACAAAGAAGUUAUGAAGCAAUAUGGCCUGGGCCCAAAUGGGGGCAUUGUGACUUCCCUCAACCUUUUUGCUACAAGAUUUGAUCAGGUGAUGCAGUUUAUUGAGAAGCGACAGAGCACAUCCCCGUAUGUCCUGAUUGAUACUCCUGGGCAGAUCGAGGUCUUCACCUGGUCUGCCUCUGGCACCAUCAUCACUGAAGCCCUGGCUUCCUCAUUCCCCUCAGUGGUGGCGUAUGUGAUGGACACCUCUCGCAGUACCAGUCCUGUGACUUUCAUGUCCAACAUGCUCUACGCCUGCAGCAUCCUGUACAAAACAAAGCUCCCGUUCAUUGUGGCCAUGAAUAAGACAGACAUCAUCGACCACAGCUUUGCAGUGGAGUGGAUGCGGGACUUUGAGGUCUUCCAAGAGGCCCUCAGCCAGGAAGCCACCUACGCCAGCAACCUGACGCGCUCCAUGAGCCUGGUGCUGGAUGAGUUCUACCACUCAAUCAAGGUAGUUGGUGUGUCUGCUGUCCAGGGCACAGGACUAGAGGAGUUCUUUGAACAGGUCUCCAAAGCAGUGGAAGAAUACGAGAGAGAGUACCGCCCAGAGUAUGAGCGCCUACGGAAAAAACUGGGAAGAGUGCAGAGCCAGCAGCAGCAGCAAGAGCAGCUGGAGCGUCUGCAGAGGGAUUGGGGCCCCCUUGCUGUGGAGAGCAGCCCGGCUGGGCCAGGCUCUUCCGCAGACUCCGCCCCGCUGGGCCCCUCGGCACUGAUCCUGACACGAGGCGCCCAGAACGAAGAGGAGCAGGAGGAGGGUGAUCCAGAGAGCGAUCCGGAGGACAUUGACCACCAAGUGACCGAGGAAAGCCACGAAGGACCCGCCUUCCAGAACUUCUUGCAGGAGGCCAAGUUGCGCUACCCAGCCAGAAGCAGCCACUAGGGCAGGAGACUUGGGGCGGCCCAGGGGGCAGAUGUGCAAGAAGAGGAGGGCGCUCGACCGUGCGGCCUGCCACCCGCCUCGUGAGGGGUGGGACUCCUCCUGGGCUUGGGACUCGCUUUCCUGUCUGGAAGCCCCGGUUUCCUUGGGACUGGUGAGGGCAGCUGGUCUGUCCGCAGGGGGCGAGGCCACCGGAAGAGCCUUCCCUGGCCACAGGGUUGCAGACAGAGCUGUGGCCGGAACGGAACCCCUGCUGGAGAGCUGCCCAUUCCCUGCCUGGGUGGCACCAGUUGCUUGUGCAACGUUUUGUCACUUCACAUUUGGAAAUGUAUAUUUUGCUGUUAA